CACAACUCACAAACCAGAAAAAAAAAUGAAAAUGUAUCGCAUUCUAUUGGUGUUUUUGUCGAUUACACUCGUUUACUCCGUCGCAGAAGCUCUUCUCGAUGGGAAGACUCAACAAAGCGUCAACGUUAUCUGCAAAAAGACAAUAGACACCAAAUUCUGCAAUGAGGUUUUUGCCAAUAACCUGACUACUUCUUCCCCAAGCAAGAAAGAUCUCUUGAACGUGACGGUGACAGAAGCUGAAAGAAUCUCAGCCAACACGUAUUUCUUCAUCAGCACACUCCUUAGAGAUGCUGGAGACGAGAGGUCCGGUCUGCAAAAGUGUGCAGAAGCUUACGAAAUUGUGAACACUGCGUUCACGGAGGGUGUAUCUUUCUUCAAUCAAGGACUAUACGGUGAGAUCCUCAAACUCACGGGUAACGUUUCCAAUGGUGUUGGUAUAUGUAAGACAGACUUUAAUGUACCCGGUUAUCAUAUCAAUCCGAUGAUGGAGAAAAACAGAGAGACAGAGGUCUUAGUGGCCAUGGAAAAGAUCAUCGGUCAUAUGGUUUCUUCCUAG